UCAAUCCUCACGAAAUAUCUCAAAUAACAGAGAAAAAAAUAAUCCGUAAGCAACAACAGUCAGUUUUAAAGAAUGGAUGAGGUUUACGGAUUCUACAACAAGACCAGUUCUGAGAAGCUGAACUUGGCACAAUACUUUGAUGAAUACAAUAAUUUAACUAACCUCAAAAGUUUGGCAGAACUGAGGUCAAGCAGAAAUGAGAAAACUGGGAUCCUCGGAAUAAUGCAGAUGGAUGUAAAUGACGAAGACUUUGCAGUAUUAUCUGAAUAUUGCAGCAUUGAAAAUUUGACGAUACCUGGCGAAAGUUUUGAGAAAUACGAUGACACAAGGUUGGGCAAUCGCAAAGGGACGUACGAAGUGAAAGAAAUACCGAAAGACGUCAAUCUCGAAACACUGACAAAGCUUAAAGAGAGAUUAGAAUUGCCUCAGCGACCAUUUGUCCACAGUUUAAAAUACAGGAGCGAGAUAUGCAUAGAACCUGAAAAAGUCGAGACGUUCAAAUGCAACUCUCUAAUGGAGCCGGGAAACGAGAUGCUUGUCUUUGUCCGUAUUUAUGCACCUUUCGUACAUCAGCAUCGAAUUAGCAGUGUCUAUGUGUCCAAAAUAUUCACCACUCACAUUGUAGCCAUCCUUGGAUCGCAAACGUUGGCUGAACUCAGAGACAUCAUAUCGUGCACAUCGGAUUUAUCCAUAGCUAAAGAAGUUAGUGCCGACCCAGAUGCUGGGGCGAGGCAGCCACAGGCUAAAGACGUUUAUAAGUCCGGAUUUUUCUACAUUGAAAGCACGUUUUACAACGAUUUUCGCGACCCGAGUAACAUGGACAACAGCGAAGUGAUCAGAGAAUGGGCUAAGAAACGGAAUUUAGGACCGUUUAAAACUGCAUCAAUGGAAAGCGUCACCAUUAAUUCACUCUCCGUAAAAUUUGGUUACCCUUGGGUCUACCAGCAUCAAGGAACCUGUGAGCAUUUGCUUGUGUUUUCUGAUGCCAGGCUGAUCGGCCCAUCGGACAAUUUGACCAUAUCCAGCUACCCGAGAAUCCACAGAAUGCGAGCGAGUUCAACGAAGUAUUGCAUGGUCUGCGGAGUGUUCGCAGCGUCCUGGAUAACGACAGAUAACGACAGGCUGCCCCACGAUCCUUGUUACUUUUGCACAACUUGUUUUCAUUCCUUCAAUUACAUCAACGGUGAAAAGAUUGGCAAUUUCUUGGCUUAUCCAGUGCCUUUCAGCGACGUUGCUCAGGACUGAAGAGAAAUCCUGCUAACUUGUUCUCGAAGUAUUUAACUAUUUGGCGUGAGCCGAAUCGCCUUUGUCUGCAGCAUUCUUGGCGACGUUGUAGUGAACCUUUGCAUUCAACGGACAGACAUUCAGGGCUGAUCGGAACAACGUUUUUUCCGUUUUCCAUUCGGUGCUUCUGAUCCAGGAACGUGCAAAGAAGACCGCCAGCAGAACGAAGUACAGCGACAAAAGUAUUCUGCUGCAGCCGUUGCAUUGCUCCAUCAGACGCUGAAAUCCGAUUGCAAAUAGCAAGCAGAAACCUGCCGAAGGUAUAUAUAGCGUCCUUUCCGCAAGAACGAAAC